AUGGCUUUCAAGGAACUUGUUGGUAAGAAAGCGACGACUUUAAGGAUGAAUUCAAUGGAUAUUAAGUCUUUUCUUUUUGACCAGCGCCAGAUUAUGGAUCAUGUAGGGACUAUGGUGAAACGACAAGAGACAAUUAGUGGUGAGUUGUGUGUUGAAGCUACGGAGACGGGGGAGUAUAGGCUCGCUGACUUGUUCUGGGCCGAUGGAAUUUCGAGAGAUGACUAUGGACGUUUUGGGGAGAUCAUCACAUUUGCCACAACGUACAAGAAGAAUGCCUACAACAAACCCCUUCUUCUUUUUGUCGGCGUGAAUCACCACUUCAGAACUGUUGUCUUUGCAGUGGCAUUGCUGUACGAUGAGAAGGAGGACACAUACAUUUGGUUGUUGGAAGAAUUCCUUCAAUGUAUGAACAACAAAUUGCCUCAGGUUGUUGUCACUGACGGAGAUAAAGCUAUGGCUAAAGCAAUAGAGAAAGUCAUGCCUAAUGCUGUCCAUCGUUUGUGUGCGUGGCACCUUCAGAAAAAUGUUACCAUUAAUGUACCUCACCCGAUUUUCAAGACAAGGUUUAAUGAGCUUCUAUAUCAAUAUUGUACAGAGGAAGAGUUUGACGAGAGUUGGAGUGGCUUGGUUACAGAAUUUCAGCUACAAGAUAGCCAAUGGGCAGCCAUAACAUACAAUAAUAGAAGGAGUUGGGCAGAAUGCUUCCUACGGGGUAAUUUCUUUGCGGGCCUCAGAACCACCCAAAGGUCGGAGUCGAUGAAUUUUUACCUGUCACACUUCUUGACAAGCAAACUUAAACUUAAAGACCUUGUUGGCCAAGUUGAUAAAGCCAUACAAAGCAUACGCCACACGGAACGAGAAGAUGACUUCAUCAGUAACAACACAUCGCCCCAGUUCCCUUCCAACAUACUACAGCAGUAUUACCAGCAAGUUGCUUCAGUUUUGACGAGAAACAUGUACGAUAAGGUCGCACAACAAAUCAACAACGCUCUUGCAUACUCAAUUGAUUCGACAAGUGUGGAAUUUGGGUGUAGGUUGCAUGCUAUUCCAGUCAGACGGAAUCCCUUGUCGACAUAUGUUUGCGGUAAUGAAGCAUUUAAACCUACCCUGCAUCCCGAAACCUCUGUUAAAGGAACGCUGGAGGAAGGACGCCAAAUUGAGAGGUGA